GUGGUAGGUUUCCCCCAAUCAGCAGCUCGAUUUAGGUCACGGACCAAUCAGAGAGGAAGCCGCUUCGGUUUAGAACCAAUGGGCACUCUGGAGCGGGGCAGUAGGGAACGGGCUGUGAGAGAAGCUCGGGCAAGAGCGCGGCUGUGGCAGCUCCGCCUUCUUUUAGUGGGUGCGCGGCCGGCUCUGUCUCCCCUCCUCUCCCCUCCCCUCCCCUCCCUGCCCUGCCCGGCCGGUCUCUGUCGCUCUUUCCCUCUCGCAGCAAUGGCGGCGGAGCAGGAGCAGCAGCAGUUCUAUCUCCUCCUGGGCAACCUGCUGAGCCCGGACAACACGGUCCGCAAACAGGCCGAGGAAACAUAUGAGACUAUCCCAGGCCAGUCCAAGAUCACAUUCCUUUUACAAGCCAUCAGGAAUGCUGCUGCUGCUGAAGAGGCUAGACAAAUGGCAGCUGUCCUUCUACGACGCUUGUUGUCCUCUGCAUUUGAGGAAGUCUAUCCAGCUCUUUCACCAGAUGUUCAAACUGCCAUCAAAAGUGAACUCCUGUUGAUUAUUCAGAUGGAAACGCAGUCUAGUAUGAGGAAAAAAAUCUGUGAUAUUGUUGCUGAGCUGGCCAGGAAUUUAAUAGAUGAGGAUGGCAAUAACCAGUGGCCAGAAGGUCUGAAGUUCUUAUUUGAUUCUGUCAGCUCUCAGAAUGUGGGACUGCGUGAGGCCGCUCUGCAUAUUUUUUGGAACUUUCCUGGGAUUUUUGGGAAUCAACAACAACACUAUUUAGAGGUCAUUAAGCGGAUGUUGGUUCAAUGUAUGCAAGAUCAGGAGCAUCCAACGGUUAGGAUGUUGUCUGCAAGGGCUGCAGCUGCAUUUGUACUUGCUAAUGAGCACAAUCUUCCUCUUCUGAAACAUUUUGCAGACUUGCUACCUGGAAUCUUGCAGGUUUUCAUUUUGUAUUUAGUUCCUCAGAUGUUAGCAAUGAUGGUUGACUUAGAAGAAGAUGAAGAUUGGGCAAAUGCAGAUGAGCUUGAAGAUGAUGAUUUUGACAGAGACAGUCCUUCCAGUUUAGAGUUUGGGCAUCUUGCUAAGGCAUUUUGA